GGUCCGAACUUUCCUGCGGCCACUCUCUCUCGUCGGUAAGUUCUUGUUCUCUCUCGAUUAAAGUGUCUACGCUGAAAACUACGUACGGUUGAUAAACAAGAAAUAAAACAACAACACGCGACUAAGAAACUAAAGGUAACAAAAAAGAAAUUUUUGCCGAAAUUAUGCAGAGUUCGCGAGCAGAGAGUGGUCCUCCUGGUUCCUUGUCCCGAUGUUACAGACCUUCUCAUUGGCUCAGAGAACAUUGCAUCUCGACAUCCUAUUGGCUGAAGGCUUGAAGGAGUCUCUGGACUGAGGCUAAAGAAUGGUUUGGUUCCGCUCGGACCGCAGUUCACUCGCAGCGGUCGACCUAACAUGUUCUCUCUUGUCGUUAUCUGCACUUUGGUAGUGGCGUCAUAUGGAGAUCCGGGCCCGAUGAUGAACUUCCCCGGGCUGCCGCAGAAGGUCGACUUCGACAACCUCGGCCACGUGGGCUACGAGCCGACCAUCAAGCCCCUGAACCUCUCCUCCGGCUUCGUCUCCGUCGAGCAGAUCUCCUCCAAUCCCUACGGCUACUCGGAAAGGGUGGAGAAGGAGGAGUCCAUUAAGCCUGGCGCGGGAUCUGUACGAAGCGUCGCCGACUUGUGAUACAGCGUCUGUGCGUGCGAGCCCGUCACUUGUUGAUAUCAGUGUUAUACCAAAAAGCUUUAUUUAUGUAAUAGAUGUGAAAAAAUAUAAGA